AUGUCAAAUCCAGAUAUUAUUACUCAAGUUUCUCCGGAAGCUCCUCUUAGACAUGAUACAACACAAAUAGAUGAAGAUGUGGAUCUGAAUUCAAUCAUCAAAUUAAACAUCAGAGGUCAAAUGUUUUACAUCACAAGAGACGAACUGAUGAGUCUUCCUGAAAGUAUACUGUUAUGUUUGUUCCCUAAUGGUGUGUUUGUUGAUAUAAAUGGGAAUGUCAUCACAAAUUUAACAGAAGAUGAUACAGUUUAUGUUAAUUUCUCACCUAGUUGUUUCCAAUACAUUAUAGACAGCUUCAGUUCUGCUGCUAUGAAAUUACCACCUUCUUCUACACCAGAAGUUUACGAUGGUUAUUCAACCCUUGAUGCUGAUGUUUUAAGUGAAAAACCUGCAAUUAUUGUUUUAAGGGAAGAUUUAGAUUAUUAUGUGAUUCCACCUAAAAGGGGUAUUAGUCCACAUGGUAUAAGAUUAAUUAAACAAGCUGCAGGCAGCUAUUUGGUUAAUCGUGAACAAAUUUUUGAAGGUUUAGGUUAUGAACCAGGUAAAAAACUGGGCCCAGCUGAAGAACAUUUAUUAGAGAUGUUAUGUUCAUCAGGAUUCGAUGUUCAAAGUGAUUGGGGUCAUAGAUCUUCAGAACCAGGUAAAACAGUGUUAACAUCUUUAUCAUUAGUUGAUUUGAAACAUCCAGAACCUCCACAACCUGAACCUGAAUCACCAUCAUUAAAUCCAGUUGCAUCAAAUAGUACAAGUAAUAAACAAUCAAGAAGAUCAAGAAUAGCUGAACUGGCUGAAAGUGCUGCAAGAUCAGCAUCUCGUUCAGUUUCAAGAAAUAGAUCAGAAUCCAGAGCCAAAAGUGCAGGCACAUCAUCAAAAUUAUUAUUGUUCUGGAGAAAACCAGCACGUAAAUGUUGGUGGUCAAACACAGAAGUUACAAUUCAAGUUCCUGGUCUUUUAAAGACUGAUGGUUUAUCAGAAGUGACUGUUAAUUUGCACAUACGGCGUGUGUGGACUCUUGAACUCUCUGUAAUCGGAGUUCAUUAG